AUGUCUAUCGUUGCUGCUUCAACGACCCUUGUUCCUUCUUCAUCAGCCCAUUUGCGUCGACAUCUUGCAGAUUAUCAUCCUACUCUUUGGAAGGAUUAUUUCCUUCAAUCUGCUUCCCAAUCUUUGGAAGUUGAUGAAGAAAUGGGGAAACAAGUUGAAACAGUGAAAGAAGAAGCGGGGAAGAUGCUCAUAUCUACAAGGAUGGAGAAGCCCUCAACCAAAAUAUGUUCAACAAAGUUCAAGGAUGAGCAAGGAAGCUUCAGUGAAAAGAUAGCAUCAGAUGUUGAAGGGAUGUUGAGUUUGUACGAAGCUGCGCAUCUCAGUGUUCAUGGAGAGGACAUUUUAGACGAAGCGCUUGCUUUUACUUUCAAUCGUCUUCAUCGCUCCAUCACCACCAUUGAAUCAAACCCUUUUCUCGCAGCAAAACUCCGCCAUAGCUUAAAGCAGUGUCCUUACAGCUGGGGAUUGCCAAGGCUAGAGGCACGAAAGUACAUUUCCAUAUACCACUUGAAUCCCUCCUGUAAUCAAGUUCUUCUGAAGCUGGCGAAAUUAGAUUUCGAUAUGUUCCAAAAACUGCAUCAGAAGGAGUUCGGCAAUCUCUGCAAGUGGUAUAACAAAUUGGAUGUGCAAAGAAAUCUUUCAUAUGCAAGAAACAGGAUCGUCGAACUAUGCUUUUGGAUUCUUACGGUUUAUUUUGAGCCUCAGUACUCUAAAGCUAGAAGCAUAAUGACCAAAGUGAUUGCCCUACUAUCCAUCAUUGAUGAUACAUUCGAUGCGUAUGGAACUAUCGAUGAACUAGAACUCCUCAACGAGGCAAUCCAGAGGUUUAUAUCAGCAGUGGAAGCCUACAUGACAGAAGCAAGAUGGUUAAAUAAGAAGCAUAUUCGGACAACAGAGGAGUACAUGAACGUAUCGACAGUAUCAACUUGUUAUCCAGCUCUUUCCGCUGCUUCUUUCAUCGGCAUGGGAGACAUAGCCUCCGAGGAUGUCUUCAAGUGGGCCCAAACUCACCCUAAAGUCAUUAAAGCUUCUGCACUUAUUUGCAGACUCAUGGAUGACAUUGUCUCUGGUGAGUUUGAGAAGAAAAGAGAGCACAUUGCGUCACUGAUAGAAUGCUACAUGAAGGAUUAUGGAGUGUCAAAGGAGGAAGCCAUUGGUGAACUUGAGAAGAAGAUCGGGAGUGCGUGGGAGGAUAUUAAUGAAGAGUGUCUGAGACCAAAUAUUAGCCAAGGGAUGCCAAAGCCCAUUCUGAUGCGAGUUCUGAACGUGACUCGUUUCAUGAAUGUCAUGUACAAGGAUGUCGAUAACUUCACGCAUUCUGGAGGACUCAUGAAGGAUUCUAUUCAACUUGUGAUCCUUGACCCUGUGCCAUAA